AUGGGGCGACGGGGCGGCGGGACGAAGGUGUUGCUGGAAACCAUCCAGGUGGCGCGGCACCUGGGCCAGAUGUGCCUGCGGCCCCUGGGCAAGACGGCCGUGCAAGCGGCGCGGGCUGGAGAGGAGCUGGCGCUCGGCCUGCUCAGGAUGCAGCCGCUGGAGGAAGUCCUGGGCCGGAGCCGUACGAGGCAGCUGCAGGACGCCUACUUCCAGGCCCGGGAGGUCGCCAGCGGCGCCGUCGCGUCGCUGUCGCACCAGUCGAUCAUGUCCGCCCAGCAGUCCGCCGCGCAGCUCGCCACCAGCGGGCUUCAGAAGGCUGGUAUAGAGGCGCGCGUGGUGGGGCCCCUCGACGAGCACGGCAACACCCGCAAGGUCCUCCGGGACCUGAAGACCGGGACCCGCGAGCACGCCGAACGUGGCGGCAAGGGGGCCAUCAGGCUGAUCUUUGCCAACGCUUCGCCUCGCUCUGUCCCGAUCUAG